AAGGAUACCCUGCAGCCAAGUCCUUUGCCACUUGAGGAGAUGGCCCUUCCCUGCAACAGACUCCAGUAUUUCAUUCCUCACUUCCAUCUGAGGCUACAUCCUCACAGCCUUCGCUGUGCCAGCUCUUGCCAGCACGCUCACACAAAAUCCUCUGGGAAGACUCCUACUUUACCUUCUGCUCUCCAUCUUGUCUUACCCGCACCAAAAUCGCCCUUCAUGGUCUGUUCACAACUGCGAAGGAUUCUCCAGCAUUCACCUGGGAAGUGUCCCAGCCAUACCCCCUCCCCAGCCCCGAAGCCUUCAUGUCUUCAGAGUGAAACAUCUUUCAACCUAAUAUCAGAAAAAUGUGACAUCCUAUCCAUUCUUCGGGAUCAUCCUGAAAACAGGAUUUACCAGAGGAAAAUCCAGGAACUCAGCAAAAGAUUCACCUCGAUCCGAAAGACCAAAGGAGAUGGGAACUGCUUCUACAGGGCCUUGGGCUAUGCCUACCUGGAGUCUUUGCUGGGCAAGAGCAGAGAGAUCGUCAAGUUCAAAGAGCGUGUGCUACAGACCCCAAAUGACCUCCUGGCUGCCGGCUUUGAGGAACACAAGUUCAGAAACUUCUUUAACGCUUUUUACAGUGUGGUAGAGCUUGUAGAGAAGGACAGCUCAGUAUCCAGCCUGCUGAAGGUAUUCAAUGACCAGAGCUCCUCGGACCGAAUCGUGCAGUUCUUGCGCCUGCUCACGUCAGCCUUCAUCAGGAACCGAGCUGACUUCUUCCGACAUUUCAUUGAUGAGGAGAUGGACAUCAAAGACUUCUGCACUCAUGAAGUGGAGCCCAUGGCCAUGGAGUGUGACCACGUCCAGAUCACAGCCCUGUCGCAGGCACUGAACAUUGCUCUGCAGGUGGAGUACGUGGAUGAGAUGGACACUGCUCUGAACCACCACGUGUUCCCUGAGGCUGCCAUCCCUUCCGUUUAUCUGCUCUAUAAAACAUCCCACUACAACAUCCUUUAUGCAGCUGAAAAACACUGAUUAAUUUUAGGUCAUGCCGGAGCCUGUCAUCUAAAUGGACUGCAUUCUGAAUGGAACAUUCUGCCUUGGCAAUUUUUUAAGUGAUUUAGACAACUAGAAAACAUAUAGCCUUUUGGGUAAAGCCACUGAACUGAGACCCGUGCCCACUAUGGACUGUGAUGACUUAAUAGGAAUUUUAGUAUUUAUUUUGAUAGAUGAUCUAAUGCCUGCUAACUCUGGACCAGAAAGCCAGGAACUCUAUCUCUGUACCUGUUUAUUCAAGAACCUCGUUGGACCUAUUUAUUUAUCUGGAAGAGGUUCCUGACAGUGUUGACAUGCUGCUGUGUGAAAAUGGGGAUAUCUGGUUUGUCCUCACCAAGGGCAGUGGCCCUCAUAGGGAAGAAAAGCCCAGGCCAGCUGUCAUAUUCAGGUGACUUACCAGACUGAUGAAGAGUCCAGCCCGGCUAUGGGUGGAUAAUGGUAGAUAACUGUCUGAGUGUGAGGAGCUGGUAUGUAGUUUCAUUCAUGAUGGCUAUACUUUCCCACCCACUUAAGGAUAAAACAAAAACAAAGACUUUUAUACCAAAGUCCAGAAAAGGACUUUAGCCUUCAGCAUGAAGCUCAGGUUGUGAGGUCCCUCUACCUCUCAGGACCAGAACUCCUGACUUUGGAGGACAAGGCCUUUCAGGGUUCUGCUGUUAACCCCAUCUGGAUACGGCUUGACAGAUACUAGGGCCUGUACCUGAGUCAGUGUGUUCAUGACUGGGACCAAGGAGCUGCAGCUGUCCAUCAUUCCCAGUGAAUUUUGUAAGUGGGGUCUAGGUAGUCAGCUGGGUAGGGUGUGUGCAGCACGAAAGCCAGAAGAGCCGAGCACAGGUGUUGCAAGGCUCUUUGGUUUUUCCCAGCCCAGCUUCAUAGGCAGUUAGGCAGGAAAGACAAGACAAGCCAUAGAAGUUGGCAGCAGGGGCAUUUCCAGUGCUGGCCACAGCCUCCUCGUCUGCAUUCACCCCUUAAUGGCCCCUUACCUUGCCGCCUCAAGCCCUUCAGGCAUCCACCGAGGAUACCAGUAGGAAAACCAGCCUCUGGCUGGGCUGAGGCACUUGCUAACCACGCCCUCCUCUGUAGGACAACCAUGGAACUACCCACUGCCCUUCCUUGGUUGCAGGGCUCCCCUCAUGUUUCACUCUGCAGGGAUUAGACUGUUGGUGCUUCUGGGAGGGUCUGCUGACAGCCUGCACAAAGGACUGGGAGCAGGACCCUAAGUCUUACACAAUUCAGAUUUGUAGCUUUCUUUUGUUUAGUAUAAGUCAAAAGCACUGAGAUGUGUGGGCAGUGUGGGACCUGAGGCCUGAGUUUCCCACAUUGCUCUGUGCCAACAUUUAUAUCCAAGGGCUCCUGCUAAGUGAGUCUGUCACUGGCACAGGACUGUAAAUCUGGACUUCAUCUUUUGAUGUGUUCAGCAUCCCACCCUCACCUGGAUAAGAGCUUUGGGGUCUAUGACAAGUACCCCAGAAAGAGUGGACAUCUAUUUCCAUGACUAUCUUCAGCCAGACUAUUCUCCAUUACCAGAUUUAAUGGUAUGAGCAAAGGAUGCCUGACUGAUGGAUGGUCUGGGCUGCUUCAAGGAAUUUAAAUGGAUCUAGGAAUUUAAAUGGCUCUUUCUAGACAACACACUGAAAGCACAGUGCUUGUGCAUUCCUCACUUUCCCAGCGGGAACAACUAGUGAGGAUAACAGCAGUGUACCUGCUCUGCCUGUCUUCCUACAACAGAUGAAGCUGUGCUGGGGCCAGCCGCCCAAGUUUAGUAACUCUGAGCUUUGGAAGCAGAGAAGCAUGCCACCUCAGAAGUGAAUUGCUUCCCCAAAGUAUGAGCCACAGGGGAACAAUGGAACAGGUCUAAGAGCCAAGUAUACAGCUAGCCUGGGAAAGGGGAGGAUGCUGGGGGCUCAGUGAGUGUCCAAGGCCAAGCUAUACAGCUUCUCUCAUGUGAAAACAUCUUCCUAGCAUUAAAAGUUUCUAAAAACAA